GGGAAAGAUCGUCAGUAGAACUAUUAAAGUGCUGGCAAAACUCAACAAACAAACAAACUCCAAGAUCUCUGGUUUUAAAAAUACUUGUACCUGCUUGUACUGGUCUAAGAUGGCUCAACAAACAAGUGGAGCUUCAUUCAAAUACCAUGAGUUGGAUGAGCAAGAUGAAACCAUGGCUCAACAACCACUCCCCACUGGACAGGUGGUCCCCGACACUGUCUAUCAAAUGCCCUACCAAAUCCCUCAAAUGUAUCAGCAGGUUGAGGCUGAAGUGGGCAAGCCCACUUACCCUGGACUGAGUGAUUACCUCCUCCUCAGUCUGGUUACCAUGAUCAUGUGUGGGGCACUCAACAUCACCUCUCUGUUGAUUGGCAUUCCAGGACUUGUGUUUUCAGGCUUGAGCAACCACCAUUGUAGAGUUAACAAGAACUACCACAAAGCCAAGAGGUACUCCAACUACGCCCUGGGGCUAGCCAUAGCCAACAUCAUGUACACUUUCCUGUUGUGCAUCAUUCUGAUCGGAGUUGGCAUAGGAGUAAGCAAAAUUACUCUCCAUGGCUACGGUUGCAACUUUUGCCGCUACUUACCCAAGAGCAUGGAAACUGAACACUUAAAGGAACGUAAUUAUGCCUUGCAUGCAUGCUGACUGACACAAAUAUACUCAUAUAUAUAGCUGUAUAAUCAUCCAAUGUUGUUUAUAGUACGUUGUGUAUUCAUUAACGCUGUAAGUUCGAUGUCAAUGUAUUCUCAUGAGUCACUGUGUAUAAUUAUUUUUAUUAUUACGACGAG